UGCGCUUGCGUUCGGUACACCUUCAACUCCUCAGAAGCAGCUAUCGCAGCUUGUCACCUGGCCAUUGUAGUGAGGAGGAGUACUGCACAUCUUUGUCUGGAAGCGGAGGUCAACGAACGGUGGAAUAAAAGAGAGCCCGUUCGAAGGACAGAGAGAGGGAAGCAGGAUCAUCGGGAUCAGCUCUUGCCUGCAGCAGCCGACUAGGAGCUAGGAGAGAUGGACACCUUGUUGGGGAUCGCAGGGGAAGGGUUUGUGGUACUGGCGGCAGACGCACAAGUGGCGCGGUCUAUCCUCCUAUACAAGAACAACAUGGACAAGAUCGCGCACCUCGCGGACAACAAGGCCCUCGCCUGCGCCGGUCCCCAGUCCGACUGCGUCUCCUUCACCGAGUACAUCUCGAAGAACAUGGCUCUGUACGAGCUGAACAACGACGUCAAGCUCACCACCAAAGCGGCGGCUACCUUCAUUCGGGGCGAGCUGGCAAAGGCACUCCGGAAGGGUCCCUUUCAGACUCAGCUCUUGAUGGGAGGCGUUGACAAGCGGGAAGCGGGCAAGGACGAGGCGUCGUUGUUCUGGCUGGACUACCUCGGGACCCUGCAGAAGGUGCCGUACGGCGCACACGGGUAUGGCGCGGCGUUUACGUUGUCGGUGAUGGACAGGGAGUACGUCAAGGGUCUCUCGCUCGAUGAGGCGUUGGGCAUCAUCGACAACUGCAUCAAGGAGCUGCACACACGCUUCCUCAUUGCGCAAAAGAACUUUGUCAUCAAGGUGGUGACGGCUGAGGGUAUCAAGGUCGUGCGAGGUCCCCCAACGCCGGAUUUGGGAGCGGCAGGGGCAAGCGCAGAGGCGGCGGCGGUCCCCGUGCAGGGCUGAAGAUGGCGGAAAGCAUCUAAGGGUUGUCAUGUGCGUUAGGGGAGUCGGAUGGGUGCGAGGUUGAAGCUUCGGUCGGACGUGUGACGUCAUUGACACAAGAACUGCGAUAGUCCAAUGGCAACCGCUGUUAUGGAUUUCUAGUCGCAAGCUUUUUUAAAAGAACGUGGUCGAUCUGUUUUUGCUCCCAGGACUCUUUGGAAUUGGACACGGUUUGUUUGUUGGCAAACCAGGGAACCCAGAGGGGUGAGAUAGCCGACGUGGAAGUAUGACAAAGAGAUACGUAACUGUUUUGUUGCAGUAGCCGUCCGUGAUCGGUGCAACGUGCGCUUGUUGGCGCGGGGGAACGUCGCUUGGGCGUACCGACGGCAGGUACCUGGCUGGUAGCGAUGGCACGACGAGGCCGAUGUUUUGCACAGAACACAUGUGGUGCCGAUACGACGAAGGCUUUUGCUGCAGUUACACGUGGUCAGGUUUAGGGAGUGCUGUCGAAACGAACCAAUCCUCUGAACGGUGUCACAAAAGGCUUGCAUGUCGUUUGUAUCGACGACUGCUGUUGUGGAGACGUCAGCCAAGCGGUCGAUCUACGUCUCUCGCGUACAUGCAUGGUUUUUUUUUUUAAUGAUUUCGGUAGCAACGAUGGACGCCAAACUGGAGUGGGUGCAUCAAGGCAGCACGCGGGAAAACUCAUGAUAGGCACAAGACUCCUCGCUCGCGUCUCACUACAACGUCUACCAGUUGACCGUGUCUGUCGUCUUCGAGCUCGAACUCAAUUUACCACCAGAAACUCGUUGAGGUUCCUUGCAAACGCACAGCGGCAUGGACUGAAGGGUGUAUAUCGGUACCGCCGUUGCUACAAAAAACACGUUGUUUCAACUUCGAAUCCAGAUAUCGUUUGUGCAAGCUGUGAAGAGCUUCUCGAUGACUUUCAUCGCCACCUUCUCCUUGCACACCCGGCUGCCGUCCGUAGAGCAAACUCAAAAGGCUGAGCAACUAUGGGUCCACUGGCUAGGGGUGUGCCUCUGCAAAGAACGCGCAUGAUCCUGACGAUGUUUUCGGUACAGCCAACGCGGCUUGAACCGUACAGUAUGCGCGCUCUACCCUUGCUCUAUCCGAACCGUUUGCUGCUACUUCCAACUCGUGCCUCUCCGGCACAAUCAUCGCCAAGCAAUCAAACAGAUGAAUGCUCGACGAAACAGACAACCAAGCGUGCUGCACAGAGAUUGUUGCGUGCAUCGUUCGUCGGUCUC